CAACAACACAAAGAUAUAAUACACAGGAACCAAAAGCGAAGUCAAGCAAAUAUAAAAAUAAUGAAGAAGGCGGCAGAAUUCGUGAAGGACAUAAUAAACAUGUUGGCUGGUCUGGCGAAGGAGAAGACUAAGGAGCUAAAGAGGAAGACAAGAGCCUUUAAGACCCGUCUUGUAAUAUUCUCGCUACUCCACAACAGAAACAUGGUGGUGAGCUCGUGGUCUCACAAGCUCAAAUCCAAACCAACAUCAAGAAGCCUAGAUGAUGGUGGUAAUAAGGAUAAAAAUAACAUGGUGGUGGUGUAUAGCCACAACGCCAUGUCUAGCACUCCUGCUGCCUCUCCGCAAUAUGUACAAUAUGUGGACGAGGAAGAUGAAGAAGAAGAGGAAGAUGAUGAAAAGUAUCCAGACUUGAGACACUCGCUGUUUGAGGCAGAGGGCUCGGUGAUAGACAUGGUGAAACACUCCAAGGAAGACAAGGGAGAAGAGUUUCGGUUGGAAGAUGAGAUCGACAACGUGGCUGAUCUUUUCAUUACCCGGUUCCACCGACAGAUGUGGUUGCAGAAGCAGCUUUCUCUCGAGAAUAUUCAAGAUACAUCGAACUGAUUUCAAUCGUGUGAUAUACAUACACAUAACGCCCCUUCUCUUUUUUUUAGGGUGCGGAGGACGCAAUGAUCCUCUUAGAUUGUUUAGCGUAGUGAAAUGAAAACGGGACGUAUACACAUGCAUGUUUAUAUCAACGUCCCCUCUUUGUUCACGUUUCUUGACCAAUAAAUAAAGUU